CUGAGGCCCGCGUGGACACAGCCCGGGCACAGCAGGGCUCAGGAGUCUGCAGAAACGGAGACCCCCUUCUCCAACGCCCCCACCACUUAGGGCCCACCUGCUGGGGUUAGGUUUGGGGUUUUCUGUCUUGACCUGGUCAUCCGUGCCUGCCUCCUGCCUGAGCUUCUGGGAGCCUGCGAGGGAGCAGCCAAAACUGAGGGUCUGUGAGCGGCUCCAGGAUGCGGGCUCCGGGUGCGGGUUCGGCCUCCGUAGCCUCGCUGGUGCUCCUGUGGUUGCUGGGGCUGCCGUGGACCUGGAGCGCAGCGGCGGCGCUCGGCGUGUACGUGGGCGGCGGCGGCUGGCGUUUCCUGCGCAUCGUCUGCAAGACCGCGAGACGCGACCUCUUCGGCCUCUCUGUGCUGAUCCGCGUGCGCCUGGAGCUGUGGCGGCACCAGCGCGCCCACCACACCAUCCCGCGGAUCUUCCAGGUUGUGGCACGGCAGCAGCCUGACCGCCUGGCCCUGGUGGAUGCAGGCAGUGGCGCGUGCUGGACCUUCGCUCAGCUGGAUGCCUACUCCAAUGCCGUGGCCAACGUCUUCCACCAGCUGGGCCUCGUGCCAGGCGACGUGGUGGCCAUCUUCCUGGAGGGCCGACCCGAGUUCGUGGGGCUGUGGCUGGGCCUGGCCAAGGUGGGCGUGGAGGCUGCACUGCUCAAUGUCAACCUGCGGCGUGAGCCCUUGGCCUUCUGCCUGGGCACCUCGGGCGCCAAGGCCCUCAUCUUCGGAGGGGAGCUGGCAGCGGCGGUGGCUGAGGUGAGCGGACAGCUGGGGAAGAGUCUGCUCAAGUUCUGCUCUGGAGACUUGAGUCCUGAGGGUGUCUGUCCAGACACCCAGCUCCUGGACCCAAUGCUAAAGGAGGCGUCCACAGCCCCAUUGGCCCAGUCCCCUGGCAAAGGCAUGGAUGAUCGACUCUUCUACAUCUAUACGUCAGGGACCACGGGGCUGCCCAAGGCUGCCAUUGUCGUGCACAGCAGGUACUAUCGCAUCGCAGCAUUCGGCCACCAUGCCUAUAGCAUGCGGGUGGCAGAUGUACUCUACGACUGCCUGCCCCUGUACCACUCAGCAGGGAACAUCAUGGGCGUGGGGCAGUGUCUUAUCUACGGGCUGACCGUCGUCCUCCGCAAGAAGUUCUCAGCCAGCCGCUUCUGGGAUGACUGCGUCAAGUACAACUGCACGGUGGUCCAGUACAUCGGGGAGAUCUGCCGCUACCUGCUGAAGCAGCCAGUGCGAGAGGCGGAGGGACGGCACCACGUGCGCCUGGCCGUGGGCAACGGGCUGCGGCCGGCCAUCUGGGAGGAGUUCACCAAGCGCUUCCGCGUGCGCCAGAUUGGCGAGUUCUAUGGUGCCACGGAGUGCAACUGCAGCAUCGCCAACAUGGACGGGAAGGUUGGCUCCUGUGGCUUCAACAGCCGCAUUCUGCCCCACGUAUACCCCAUCCGGCUGGUGAAGGUCAAUGAGGACACCAUGGAACUCCUGCGGGAUGCCCAGGGUCUCUGUAUCCCAUGCCAGGCUGGGGAGCCCGGUCUCCUUGUGGGCCAGAUCAACCAGCAGGACCCACUGCGUCGCUUCGAUGGCUACAUCAGCGAGAGUGCCACCAGCAAGAAGAUUGCCCAGAGCGUCUUUCACAAGGGUGACAGCGCCUACCUCUCAGGUGACGUGCUGGUGAUGGAUGAACUGGGCUACAUGUACUUCCGGGACCGCAGUGGGGACACUUUCCGCUGGCGUGGGGAGAAUGUCUCCACCACUGAGGUGGAGGGUGUGCUGAGCCGCCUGCUGGGCCAGACAGAUGUAGCUGUGUACGGGGUGGCUGUGCCAGGAGUAGAAGGCAAAGCAGGUAUGGCAGCCAUCGCGGACCCCCACAGCCAGCUGAGUCCCAACGCACUGUACCAGGAGAUGCAAAAGGUGCUGGCGCCCUAUGCCAGGCCCAUCUUCCUGCGCCUCCUACCCCAGGUGGACACCACAGGCACCUUCAAGAUCCAGAAGACGCGGCUGCAGCACGAGGGCUUCGACCCACGCCAGACCUCGGACCGGCUCUUCUUCCUGGACCUGAAGCAGGGACACUAUCUGCCCCUGGACCAGGAUGUCUACGCUCGCAUCUGCUCGGGUGCCUUUGCCCUCUGACACUCCUCCUCUGCUGUCUAGAGAUUCCUGGCCAGGCCUGGCAAGCAAGGUGGGCUGGAGCCAGACAGCUCUGCCCUGUCCUGGGGCCGAGAAAUUGGACCCCGGGAAGAACCCGUGUCUCUCCCCUUCCCUCACUGUCCUCUGCCUGGCCCCCUGCGCUCUCUUCUUGCCCUGCCCUGCCUUUUUCUGCUCCUGUGUCUGUGUCUCUUCUCCCUGCUUCCUGGCCUCAGCUUCCCUGCUGUGCCCAUCUGCCCUUACGUCUUCCUCUUUUCCUCCAUCUCUUCCCUUUCUCUUCCCCUGUGCUGUCAAAUGCAGAGCAGACAUUUCCUGGGAGCUGUGGCCUGCAUGGGGCCUCCAUCUGUCAUCCCCGUUGGAUCUUAGACCCAGAAUGGGGCCCCCCCACCUCCCUCUCAGCUGUGCCUUAAGGGCCCCCACCCAGUCCAGGCCUCAUGAGGCUGCUGGGUUCCAGGAUGUGGUAGCCCUGUGUGAACUCCAGGCAGGCCCCUGGCCCUCCCAGCCAAGUGGAGGAGCUGGGGGUGGUCUUCCCAUCCCACACUGGGUGCAGGGGUCAUUGGCAAGGGACCUCCAGGUCAGCUGGAAAUCGCUCCUAGGUUGGGCCCGUUGCCUUUGGUAC